UCGUAUAUAGGGGAAGAUAAUAACGAAUGACUGACAUCUCUUUUUAUCGGUAUUCUCAGCUGCUUUUGAACGGAGCAAAAUAUCUCCGUUCAUCGAUUUACAGCAAUAAAAUAUUAACGAACGUAGCAACAGGGAAGCGUAGCAAUUCAACGAAGUUAAUAAUCAGCCGUAGUUUGUCAGUUCCUUUGUGAUUUUGGAAUUGCGAUGUUAAAGACCAGAGUCUUUGCCGAAACGCAGAGAGACGACAGUAGAAUCGUAGAAGUAGACCGGGGAUGAACGAAAUCUACAUACCAUCCCCGCAUGUCCAAGUAAACUCUGCUUAGAAAACGCAAGUAUCUGAAGAGAAUCUUAAUUUCCUGAUUAAUCAAAGAAAAUUUGCACGAGGAAGAAUUAUUACGAACAUGGAUUUUCGGAACGUGAACCCGCUGAAUAUUCAUUCGAAUUAUUUAUCGGGCAAUCUUCUGCCCUUAACACCAUGCGGCUCGCAAUAUUCGACCGCAUGGAAGUUGUAUGGUAUUUUAACGUGGUUAAUUCAAAUAGCACAAUUAUGCAGCCUAAUCGCAGGUAUUUUGUUGACGUCACAAGAGGAGGCUUUUCAAGGAGGCACGCUCAUCAAUCUUGUGCUUAUUAUCGAGGUAUUAUUCAUAGUUAGACAAAUUCAGUCGCACAGGAAACUGGUGGAUCAGCUGAUCCAGAAACUGAACGACAUUCUACAAAUCAAGGACGACAACAUGAAGUAUAUAGUGAGCACGACUCUGAAGCCUAUGAAUACUCCGCUCAAGUAUUACGUUGUGGCGGGUGCAGUGUCCCUCGCGGUGUGGUUUGCGUUAGGGUUACUGUUGAUCUUCGAGAAAGAUACCUUCUUUUACGAAGAUUUCAAAAUGGUGGUGGCCUUGUCUAAACAGCCAUUCUCAGCACGCACCUUCAUACUGGGUACUUUUCUGAUACUGAUCAGCAAUGUUCAUAUUUUUCUGAAAAAGUGUAAUCUGUACAUUUACAUGAUACACUUUGCGCUGAUGAUUACGGCGCAAUAUCGUUAUACCGGCAAGAAACUCGCCAUGAUAUUUCGAGAACCAUAUGUAGAGCAAUGUAAAAACGGACAAGUCAGCUUUGAAGCAGAUCAAUGGGCGAAUGAUGCAAUAAAAGCGUUGUGUCGGCAUCACACUACUAUAGUACGUUUAUCGCGUAUGUUGAGGGAAACACUGACCUCAAGUCUCACUCUGAUAUACCUAAACAGCAUCUUUCGCUUUUGUUUCACCGCUAUUAUGUUUACCACAGUAUUAUCGUAUAAUCCUAUAGAAUUUUGCUUGUUCAUCAUAUAUUCGUGCGGCUCGGUAGUGGAGUUCUAUAUGUUAUGUUCUUGUAUGCAACAAUUGCAAGACGCGAGUAAAAACAUUACGGACGAAGCUUUUCACGAAAAAUGGUAUCAAUUUGGGCCGUCUGUGAGACGCAUAUUUAUGUUGAUGGUUCUGGGUAGUAAUUUAGGAUGCAAACUUUCAACGUGCGAGAAGUUCAAUUUGUCUUUACCCUCAUUUUUAUCGGAUAGCGUCACUAUGAAAAUCUCGUACAUCAUUUAAAUACUUUUUGAACGAAAUGUUAAUUUUGCAUGGCAGGAAUGGCAGUGAAUCUAAAGUGAAUUUUAAUAUGAUUAAAGUAGUUGAUAACACUUAAAAAUGCAUAUGUCAACAUGAUUUGAAAUGUCACUAAAAAUAUAAUAAUAAAAUAUAAUAAUAAAAGCACUGCGAAACAACUAAGAUAUUAAAUCAAAUAAUUAUUUCUGGCCACAAUUUGUAGUAAUUUAGGAUGUAAACUGUCAAUGUGCGAUAAGUUUAACUUGUCUUUAUCCUCUUUU